AUGCGAGCAUUGUCAUUCUCUAAGUACAGAAAUAUACCUGAGUUGUCUGAUUCAAUUGGCAAUUUGUUGCACUUGCGGUAUCUGGAUCUUUCCUACACUUCCAUCGAAAGCUUACCAGAUGAAACAUUUAUGCUUUACAAUUUGCAAACUUUGAUAUUAUCAGAUUGUGAAUUUCUUAUUCAAUUGCCACCACAGAUAGGAAAUUUGGUUAAUUUGCGCCACCUUGACAUCAGUGACACUAAUUUGCAAGAGAUGCCUGCACAAAUCUGCAGACUACAAGAUCUUCGUACUUUGACAGUUUUUAUUCUUGGAAGACAACUAAGGAUCAAAGAUUUAAGAAAACUUCCUUAUCUGCAUGGUAAACUUUCCAUUUUGAAUCUGCAAAAUGUUAUUAACCCUGCAGAUGCAUUUCAGGCUGACUUAAAGAAGAAAGAGCAGAUUGAGGAGCUUAUGCUGGAAUGGGGCAGUGAUCCACAAGAUCCACAGAUUGGAAAUAAUGUACUUGAGAACCUGCAACCAUCAACAAUUUUAAAGAAACUCAACAUCAGAUGUUAUGGUGGCACUAGCUUUCCAAAUUGGACAGGAGAUUCUUCAUUUUCAAACAUCAUAGUCCUUAGUAUCAGUGAUUGCAACCAUUGCUUGUCGCUUCCUCCAUUUGGACAACUACCUUCCCUCAAGGAGCUUGCCAUCAAAAGGAUGAAAAUGGUGAAGGGUUGGUUAGGAGUUCUACUGCAGCAAUGCAAGCUCCCCAUCAUUUCAGCCAUUUCCAUCAUUGAAGAUUCUGGAGUUUGA